AUGGAUUACCUGAGUCCUACCCUGAGCUUCACUGCCAAACUAGUAGCCGUCCUUCCUGCAAAGAAUGACAAUGUCUAUGUGCGCCUGUCACAUUCGUAUUUCUUCCCCCAGUCUGGGGGCCAACUUGGAGACGUGGGGUCCAUUGGAGGCCUUCCUGUCAUCACAACUAGUUGUGACGAAGAACAUCGACCUCUUCACCUUAUGGCCACGGCUCCUCCGAGUGAUAUAGAACUGGAUUGCAGCGUCAAUGAAGUGUAUCGUAGACAAAAUAGUAUAUCCCAUACUGGGCAGCAUAUCCUUAGCGGUGUUGCAGAGCAAUGCUUCCAGGCAACCACGUCUUCAUACACGAUGGGUCCAGACCUUUCUACACUGGAGUUAAGUGUCAAGCUCGACAUGGACAAGCUUCUUGAAAUAGAAAGUCGAGCAAAUGAUAUCAUUAGACAGUGCAUACCAGUGAAGAGCAUCUUGAUACAUUCGGAAGAGGAACUUGGAAAGUAUUCGGAACUAUCGAGGCCCAAGCUCAAAUCUCUCAACUUUCCACUGCGGGUUGUGGAUAUAGAGGGCGUCGAUACAUGUCUUUGUUGUGGAACACAUGCUGGCAAUACGGGUGAGUGUGGUCUAGUCAAGGUUUUUGGAUGCGAGUCUAGCAGAGGAGGAGUUAAAGUGCAGUUUGCUGUUGGUGACCGAGCCGUUUCACUUAUAAAUAAUCGGCUGAAGACAUUAUCGAUCAUAUGCGCGAGUCUCACAACUGGACACGAUGCUGUGGCUAAAAGUGUAGAAGCGCUCUUAGCGGAAGGCAAAGUCCUGAAAACGCAAGAGAAGUCCCUUGUUAAGGCAAUUAUACCGCUAAUAACACCAGUAGGGACGUGCCUUUGCAUGGGUACGGAGUUCUCCGUUUUUAAUACCCACGAUCUAGGCGUCUUGACUCAAUCAGACGUAACGAAGAUCGGGCCUGCACAUACGGUCUUAUCUAUAGUUGUGAUUUAUAAGACUGGCACAUGCUCGUGCGUAUACGUUAACUCGCCUGAUGAUGUGGUGGCCAGCACCCUUGCAUCUCAUAUACAGGGGCUGAUAACAGAUCCCAGUGCUUUCGUGGGAGGAGCUAGGGGCCGUUACAGCGUCCGUUACGUGCGCGUACUCAAAGACUCUGAGCUAGCAUCCUUGGUCAGUUCAUCAUUGCAGAUUGCUUUAGUUAGUAAAUCCUAG